CACCACUUUCCUUUCAGCAAUAUUAAUUAGGUAUUCGUGAAGCAAUCGUGUUUUCUUCUCUCUCUCUCUCUCUCCCUAUAUAUAUGUGAGUGUGUGUGUGUGUGUGUACUUGUCUACACGUCAAACACUCUUCAAUAAGGCAGGCAGGAAGGUAUACAAUUAGGCCUAUAGCGUGAUUUCUGUAAAGAAGAUUUGGCCACUUCCAAAUGGAGAACAAUAGCAGCAACGACGACAGCAGAGGCAGAAAUGGAGAUGGAGAUCAUGGAUAUGUGGGGUUUCCAAUUCACAGUCAGGUUAUAAAGAUCAGGCAAGAAUUUGACAAGAUCAAGCAUCCAUCUCUACAGCAGCUAGAGGUGAGAGGGGUUGUAAAAUGCAGGAUCAACAGGCAGCGAUCGCGUUCACCACUAGGUCUAGCUGAGAGACCCAUCUCAGUAGGCAACUAAGUUGUAGCAGAGAAUUCACCAGAAUAACAACAAAAAUAUGGAAGAUCAGGAGCUAAGCAUGCAGGAAGCUAGUAUUAAUCAGGUCUAGCAAUCUAAAUAACAAAACCACUUCUUCGUGUAUGGCUUGAAUUUUGUCACGCAGCCAGCAGUUGUACAUAUCUUUUAUGAUGUAGGACAAGGCUAUAAGGACCUGCAGGAAAGCUUUGAUUUCCUGAUCCGUGCUUCUUUUCUUUGCUCUCCUUUCUUUUUUCUUCGUUUUUUUUCUCUCUUAUUUUCAUGGUUAUUCUACAGCUCUCUUUUAAUAGCUAUUUUCUGAUGGAUUGAACCAACACUUCUGUUUCAUUCUUAGAUAGUAUUCAAGACUGGACAGAAUAUUAGAUUGCCACAUACCUAUCCUUUCUCUUCGUUAAGAUCAUUACUCAGAUUUCUCUCGUUAGAAUAACAAGUGGAAACCAAUUGAGUUAGCUCUACAAAAGGAUCGAAGCCCUGCCAACCUUUCGAGUCAAGAAUUUAGCACCAAAGGCCAGAGCUGAAGGCUUUAUCUACCUUAAAACGACCAUAAUCAACUCUAUGAGAAUCGGCUUUUCAUUUUCCUACGCUCAGAUCAGGGCAGAAGUAUAUUUUUUAUCUUCACAAUAUUAUAGCCAAUGUUUGUCCCUGCAUUAACCAUUUGGUUCUGAUACAAGGUAAUCUCCAUCUUGAUCACUCAAUCCCCUUGGUAAUCUGGGAACAUUUGUUUGUCUGGGUUGUAAUAUCAGCGAAAAACUAUAUAUAUUGGAAAUAUCUUAGUAGUUUUAUUGUCCA